AAAUAAAUAACCUCAAAAAAGGAUUUACCCGUUCAGAAACGACUUCGGUCCGCCAGCAACAGUCGGCGGUCGCCUCCGAAAAAUUGCUGGACAACCCAUAAAGCAAACCACCCAAAAAAAGGCCUCACCGCGAUGAGCGAAGAGCAGCAGUGUCGGAAACAGCAAGCAGCCAAGACGCACCGCCAGCAGCAGCAAUUCCUGUUCUCCGAGGGUCUUUUGCUUUGGAUUCGGCUCUCCGUGGAAAUAUGUGAAUGAGCCUCGUUAUUUCUUCACCAAUCUCUCGUGGGUUUCAACCUUUACCCUGCCUCUCUCUUUCGUACAAGAGUUCCCUCUUAAUUGGAUAUAUUGCUUUACUUCUGUAGAAGUCUGUCUUACGUAAACUAUGAUCUAUGCUACUCCUGCAGCUUGUUAAUUUCUCUCACCCCACUCUUUUUUCUCUUUUCACCAUGUUCUUAUCCAGAAACCAUAAAAGGUUAUCUAAACUGCCUGAAAUGAUUGCCAAACUAAACUACCAUGUACUUUUCGAACCUAUUGUCUAUGUGAAACGUACAGCAAAGCAAGACCCGUCUUUUAUUUCCCUUAAAGUUCGAUGCUUUAGCACAUACGGGCUUUCCAAUGAUGCAAAAGUCUCUGUUACUGAGUCAUCACAACUACCCAAUUUCACUUCCCGAGUCUCUCGGAUAGCCAGGACUGAAGCUCAGGAAGUGCUCUUUGAUUAUUUGCAUUGUACUAGGGGCUUCAGCUUUACAGAUGCUGAACACAUAAGCAAGAACUCACCACAUUUCCUUCAAAAUUUGCUCUCCAGGAUUGAUAAUGAGAAAGAUGUAGCUCGGAACUUAACAAAAUUCCUGCGGUACAAUCCCAUUAACGAGUUUGAACCAUUUCUUGAGAGUUUGGGUUUGAAGCCAUCUGAGCUACCAAUGUUUCUCCCACGGCACUUGAUGUUUUUGAAUGAUGAUCAUGUUAUGCUUGACAACUUUCAUGCUUUAUGUGACUAUGGAAUUCCGCGUACUAGGGUUGGUAAAUUGUAUAAGGAAGCUAAUGAGAUUUUUGGAUAUGAUUAUGGGAUAUUGGCUUUGAGACUUCAAGCUUAUGAAACAUUGGGUUUGAGUAAAUCCAUAGUUAUUAAGCUCAUUAAUUGUUGCCCAUCACUUUUGAUUGGUGGUGUUAAUAAUGAAUUUGUCAAGGUUCUUGAGAGAUGGAAGAAAUUUGGAAUUGAAAAUAAUUGGAUUGGAGGGUAUUUAUCUGGUAAAAGUAUGUACAACUGGAACAGAAUGCUUGAUACAAUGGAUUUUCUUGAUAAGGUAGGUUAUAGUGAGGAGCAGAUGCAUUAUUUGUUCAUCUCAAAUCCUUCAUUGCUGUUUGAAGGUUCUGGGAAGACAAUAUAUUUAUUGUUUGGUCGAUUACUCAAGCUGGGUCUCAAGAUGGAUGAGAUCUAUUCUCUUUUUACACAUAAUCCUCAUAUUUUGUCAGGUAAGCGUCUGAAAAAUCUUUUGCAAGCACUGAAUUUUCUACUUGAGGUUGGAAUGGAGCCAAAAUACAUUGCAAGUAUCAUAUCUACCCAUAUCCAGCUCCUGGGUUCGUGCCCUCUGAAAGGACCCAAAACUGUUUGCAAAGAACUGAAAGUUGGAAGGCACGACCUAUGUCAAAUUAUUAAGGAAGAUCCGCUGAAGUUGUUCAGUGUGGCAUCAAAAUCGAAAACAAAGAACAGUGAGCAGGCUUCUUCUCAAUAUCCUAGUAUACACAUUGAGAAAACAACUUUUUUGUUGAGAUUGGGUUACACAGAAAAUUCAGAUGAGAUGAUGAAAGCUCUGAAGCAAUUUCGAGGCAGAGGAGAUCAAUUACAGGAGAGGUUUGAUUGCCUGGUGGAUGCCGGGUUGGACUGCAAUGUUGUGGCAAAAAUUGUUAAACAAGCCCCUAUGAUUCUUAACCAGACGAAAGCCAUACUUGAAAAGAAGAUUGAUUGCUUAAGAAACUAUUUAGGUUACCCACUGGACUCUGUGGUGGCAUUUCCUGCAUAUUUAUGCUAUGAUAUGGAAAGAAUCAGAAGAAGACUUUCGAUGUACGUUUGGCUGAGGGAGAGAGGUGCAGCAAAGCCUACAUUGUCCUUGAGUACUCUUCUUGCAUGCUCAGAUGCACGUUUUGUAAGAUAUUUUGUAGAUGUCCAUCUUGAAGGUCCGGCCAUGUGGGAAAGUAUAAAGGACCAUCAACCUUAAAGCUGAGAACAUUUUCAUCCUUGCUCAUGAUUUUUUUUCUAAUGAAAAAGGCACCACAUUCUAUAUAACAAUAUAUGCUUUAUGAAUGGCCCGUCUGUUUGUUGUGCUCAUAUUUCUUUCA